AUGUCGCACAAAAAUUGAAUUUGAAUUGAAAUGAGAUUGAGGUUAGAUAGUUUGUUAAACAAAACACGAAAUAGCGAUUCAUUUUGUUUUAUUUAUACUAGUUCCGGUGAUUGGCAUAUUUACAAACAGUGUAGCGACCGUGAUGGAUUCUUGUCGCUGCUGCCUCCAGUGUCCUCCGGAAAAGGACCUGACGACACCGUACACACAUAACGGCAAAACAGAAACAUUGUAUGAUUUGUUCAAGGAGUGCUUUAAUAUACAUCUGGUAGUGGGCGGCGCGGGCUCAUGCGGCAUCUGCUCGUCGUGCGUGGGCCGCCUGCGAGACGCGAGCGACUUCAAGCUGCAAGUGCAACGCAGCCAGGCGGAGCUGCAAGCACUGAUUGUUGAAGCGGAGUCUGCGGUCAAACCUGAGCGGGCUGAUGAUGGCGCCAAUGAUGACUCUGUGAUCGAUGUGUUCUAUGAAGUGCCCAUACUGGUCGCACUGUCAGAGGACGGCGAAGAGAAGACCAAGGAAGAUGUUACAGAUGAAGAUCCCCUCGCCAAGUCGGGAACGGAUGAUGUGAUUAGUGACGGCGACUCGUCAGCGGCGGUGUGUUCGGAAAGCAGCACCGUCCGCCCCAGGGAACAGGAAACCCGCAGAAAACAACGCGUACCAUAUCAGAUAACAAGACACACUCGCGCGAAACCUUUUACGUGUAACUACUGUGGUGACAAAUUUAGUCGGAGAUCAACCCUAAAUAGUCACCAGAUGAUACAUACAGGGGAAAAGCCAUUUAAAUGUAGCGAUUGCGACUACAGCUCCAGGCUAAAAACAAGCUUGCUAACACACCAGAGGAUACAUACCGGAGAGAAACCGUACACAUGUAACUACUGUGAUUACAAAUGUAGUCAACAAGCAAGCUUACAAGCACAUCAACUGAUACAUACUGGGGCAAAGCCAUUUAAAUGUAGCCACUGCGACUACAUGUGCAAUCGGAAAGGAAACUUAAUAGUUCACCAAAGAAUGCACACCGGAGAGAAACCGUACACCUGUAGCCAUUGCGAUUACAAGUUUAGUGAUGCUUCUAAGUUACGAAGACACGAAAAGACACAUACUGGCGAGAAGCCUUUUCAGUGUACUCAGUGUGAUUACAGAUUCAGUCGGAGAACACACUUACAAAGACACAAGAUGAUACAUAAUAGGGCAAAGCCAUUUAAAUGUAGCAAUUGCGAAUACGAGUGCAGACGAAACGACGAAUUGCUAAGACAUCAGAAGACACACGCAGGCGAGAAUUAAUUUGUAGCUACAAUUACCCGAGUCGACAAAAACUAACUUUAAAAAAACCGGACAAGACUCCCACCGAGGGUUUAUUCAAAAGUACUUUUUAGUAUUUGUUGUUAUAGCGGCAACAGAAAUACAUCAUCUGUGAAAAUUUCAACUGUCUAGCCAAGCCUGCGAUACAGCCUGCUGACAGACAGACGGACAGCGGAGUCUUAGUAAUAGGGUCCCGAUUUUACCCUUUGGGUACAGAACCCUAAAAAAAUCUGGCAAAAACCCCUAGUGUAGUUUCUAUAAUGAUCGGAAAUAGUCGCCAGUUACCGAUAGAGCAUUAUACUUACUCAACCUCGUAUCUGCAACACUCAUUUGAUGACAAAAACACCC